ACUUGGUCCCAGUCACACAUCAAUUCAUCCAACUUUCAGUUGCGAUUUGCUCCUCAACGGUGAAGCAUCACGGGCGUCAGUGCUCCGAAUCUCUCGCCGGACAGUGUGAAUCAGAGACUUUUGCCUCCCCUUUUCGUGUCCACAAGUGAAUAAGUGUGAAUAGAGUUGUGAUUAAGAGGGAUUACUUUACUGCUCAAACACAGAAGGAAUUCACCAAAAAAUUGGACACUGUCGUUCAAUCACAGUGAACAAUACAUAAAUGGUGUUAAUUCACUGGGUGAGUUACCAAUGGGAGGCAGAACAUCUGUGAUUCCUCUUAAGCGACUGGAGAUGCUGUAAUCAGGAUCCGGAUCAUUCAACACAUUAAUAUAUCACAAGAAGCACUUUAGAAUAUUUCAAGAGAUACACACACAAAAAACAUACAAAAUGGUGUUCCCAAGAUUCUUCCUUAUCGUCACACUCUUCUCUAUUCUGAUCAGUUGUGGUCCAGUGAGUGGUCGUCGCACCAAACGAAUGUAUGCCAUGUGCCCGCCAAAAUUCGUCCGACUCGGCAAUGAAUGCUAUUACUUCUCCAGCGAGAAGGCCAGCUGGCUGGAUGCACACUUUGAGUGCAAAGAUCGCAACAGCAAACUCGCGGAGCCAUUCAAAUUCGAAGACUAUCGCCUGAGAAAGCAUCUCUUGCGCGCAGAAACAGAGAGGACACCCAAGUGGAUUGGUGGCAUUUACAACUGGGAGCGCAAGACAUGGCAGUGGGGCUACAAUGGACGUGCCAUGAAGUACCAGGCAUUCAGUCAAAUGAAACCAGGGAGCACCGAAGACAUGAAAUUUCACUGUUCCAUGAUGAAUCCCACCUUGAAAUUCAGGUGGUCGGCAAAGCCAUGUGUGGAACAGCAUAAUUUCAUUUGUCAGCACCGAAUGCCCUUCGUCAGUGAGCGCAAUCGUCAGCGAGUGUAUGCAAAGUGGAACGAAACAUUCCCCAAUGAAUUGGCCAAUGAGAUUGAAGUCAUCGUGACAUCGAAUCCGAACAACCAGUCAUCAAACAUUCGCCACAGAUCAGUCAACCGGCGAGGAUAUCACAUAAACAGUGUGCCAAGCGUCGACAAUCUCAAUCAGGAGGGUGUGUCAAGGUCACAACAGCGACUCAAUCGACAAGGUCGCACGGAUCACUUGAGGAAUCCGCAUCGCAGAAGACCACAGAUUGUUGACAUUGGACGUCCAAUUGUGUCCUAUGCGCCAGAUCCCCUUGUUGAAAUCCGACUCGACAACCGACGACAACAGGCCAAGCAUAGGCAGAGAUUCGAGAAACCCUACAAUCCCAGACAUCAUCAUCAGCGUCAACCAACGACAACAACCACAUCAACCACACCCUCAACGCUCGACUACAGAAUAGUCACUCUUCCGCCAGGUCUGAAUCCGUAUGAAAGACCACGUCCAACACCAACUACAACAACAACGACAACUACAACAACUCCCAGAACAACGACAACCGAUCGAUCUAACAACAUCGAUGAGCAACCCGUUGACCUAGACCACCACCAUCGUCAUCAUCACCAUCGAGAGCAUCACCACGGCCACCAUCGGAAUCAGAAAGAGUACAGCCAAGUCUACGAUGUCACGACAACAUCAACCACAACAACAACAACAGAGGACAACGAAGCAAACGCGAGGAAACUAUCUGAAGCUGAGAAGAAGCUCCGUCGUGACGAAUUGCGCCGCCGUCUGAGUAGCUUAUCACCUGAGAAGCAACGACAGUAUAUUUUGAUGCGCAAGAAGAAGCUUCAGCAGAAGGAGAAAAUGAGAAAUGAAACCGCAUAAGUUAUCCAUAUCUAAUUUGACAAUGACACUUUUACCAUUAAAGUCCUUUUUACUAUAUAGUUCUCUCAUAGGAGCUUUUUAUACAAUAAGAGCGCACAGUGAGAAACAAGUAUGUUGUGCCAUCUUUUUUCUUAGCUUGUAUUUAAUUUAAAUGUCUCUUUUUUUAUAGCUUUUGAAGGGAGAAAUGAAAGAAUCAAUCAAAUAUUUGGUCAUUUUAAUACAAAGUAUUAUUUAGGAUGCGAGAAAGAGAUGGAUAGCUUUUUUAUACUUUUUUUCUUUAGAAAAAAAAAGAAA